UUCUAUGUGAAAGUGAAAGUGUCCAGCUCCCCUCCUCUUUCUAUGUGAAAGUGAAAGUGUCCAGCUCCCCAUUUCUUGUAAACGGCACCGUUACAAAUAAUUCAUCUGGGCAGAUGAACAGCCAGACCCGUUGGUAUAGUCUGCUUUCGAUACACUGGGUGAUUACACUUCAAUGUUCUCCGCUGUCGACAGCAAAACAUUCAAGAAUUAAGAUAUGGCGUCUCUGAGCAUGACAGAAGACCAGUUGCGCUGUUCCAUCUGCCUGGAUCUCUUCGUCCACCCUGUCUCCACUCCGUGUGGACACAACUUCUGCAAAUCUUGUAUCUCUGACUACUGGGAUAUCAGGGAAGCCAUCUGCCCUCUGUGUAAGGAGACGUUCAAGAAACGUCCUGACCUCCACGUCAACACGUUCAUUAACGAGAUAAUCAACCAGUUCAAAUCGGCACAGGAGGACAUUUCUCCACACACCAUUUUGCCAUUGAGAGAGCCAGAACAGGGGGAUGCUACAGAUGGAGGAGUGAACAGGAAGAUCCAGGCCAGACUGAAGAAGGUGGAGGAGAUCAAAAACUCAGUGAAGAUCAGCAGAGCUAGUUCACAGAAAGACAUAGAGGAAAGUGAGCAGGUCUUCACUGAGCUGUUGCACUCCAUUGAGAGGAGCCAGGCUGACGUCGUCGGUGAGAUCCAGGAGAAACAGAGAGCUGUGGAGAAACAAGCUGAAUGUCUCAUCAAAGAGCUGGAACAGGAAGUAGCAGAUUUAGAGAGUGGAAAUAAUAAACAAGGGGAACUCCGUUCCACCCCACAACAGAUCUGUUCUGAGACCAGUGCUAGCGGUGGUGGAAAAACCAUCUGGGGAAUUGUGUCCCAACUGGAGGAUACCUUCAGAGAGGAGAUGAAGAAAGUCAUGGAUAAAGGGUUGAAAUUGCUGAAGACUAAUGCAGUGAACGUGAUUCUGGACCCCGACACAGCUCAUCCUUUCCUUGUUCUGUCUGAGGAUGGGAAACAGGCCAGACACGUCAACGAUUGGAGGAUCCUGCCUUUCAACCUCAAGAGGUUCAAUACCAGUAUCAGCGUUCUUGGGAGGACAGGGUUCUCCUCCAGGAGAUUCUACUUCGAGGUGCAGGUCUCUGGGAAGACUGACUGGGGCCUAGGAGUGGCCAGGGAGUCCAUCGACAGGAAGGGGAAGGCACUCCCGACCCCUGCGAUUGGCUACUGGACCUUGUGGCUGACCAAUAGGUAUGAGUACAGGGCUGCAGAUGAUUCUGGCUCCAUCCUCCUCUCCCUGAGAGAGAAGCCCCAGAAGGUGGGGGUGUUUGUGGAUCACAAGGAAGGGUUGGUCUCUUUUUACGACUCGGAAGCCAAGGUUCAUAUCUAUUCCUUCACUGGGUGCUCCUUCAAUGAGAAACUUUUCCCCUUCCUGAACUCUAGUGUCAAUGACAAUGAUGAAAACUCUGCUCCAUUUGUCAUCUUGCCUGUCAGUCAUAGAGGCUGACAGGCUGAUUGGUUAGAAAUCAAGAUGGGAUGGGCCACAUGUAUUUUGAUUGGUUCUGGUGUGUUGAGAACUCUCAUUCUUGACAUAGCCAAGGGAAGUAGGGCUGCCGCAACCCCUGAUAAAUUGAAAUAAUUUUGCCAAAAUUAUAUAAUGUCUUCUGUCUGAACACUGACUGAAUAUGUGCAGCACGUGCGCCAAAUAUUGAACAGCAUGUUGAGUUGUGGCCAUAGAGAUAUUAUCCAUAGAAGGAUUCUCACCUUGCCAAUUUUACUGGUAAACUCAUGGGUAAGCUUAAAAUGGCUGCCAGUCCUGACUUAAUGGACACUUUCCUUCUAUGGAUUCUGCUUCUAUGGAUUGUAUUUCUAUGGGUUUUCUUUUUCUCUGUUGCCGUCAGUGAAUAGCUAAAGGCCUUUUGCAAAUGUCUAAAUGCAAUUGCGGGAAAUAUGUUAGGAAAGCAAAUGCCUACUGCUGAAAAGAGAAGACUAAUCUGUCUGUCGGAGCUACCAACUCAGACGAACAGCACUGUUUUUUAAAGUAGACAAGGCCUAUCUUGAAACCAUCAUCGGUACAGUGACAAAGCUAAACAUAUUCAUGCUACCUUCAUCACUGGGUGAGUCAAUGCCAGUUGAAAGUUGAUUUAGAAUCCUGCUAUAAUACGUUUCCUCCUAAUGUUGUACAAUCUGUCUCGUUUCUUUUUAUUAGCCAUGGGCCAGGUCAAGACCAGGUCAUUUUUAAUUAAUCUGUUUGACAGUGUCAGAGUAGCCACUCAUUUCGUUCAUUUGUGUGGUAAUAUAAAAAAAUUAUUCUGAUAAUGUCUCCUGUCAUGUAGGCUUAAAUGACAUAGAAUUGCAUUAAAUGUGUUUAUUAAAGGCCACAUUGUUUUAAGACAAUGCAAAAAAACAUCCCCAUCUGUGUCCUUCCUAAAAACGCUUCUGCUGAACUGUUUGCCAGUAUACAAAUGUAAUGAUAUAUGCGAUAUCAUAAAUGGUAUUUUAUGAUUCUUGAACUCUGCCCGAUUUGUCAUUCUGCUUGUCAGUCAUAGAGGCUGACAGGCUGAUUGGUUAAAAAUCAAGGUGGAAUGGGCCACAUGUAAUUUGAUUGAUUCUGGUCUGUUGAGAACUGUAGUUCUUGAUGAUAGUACUGAUUCAAUAAUAAAUCUGCCUAUGUGUUGAA